CUAAAGCGUGCUGCUGAAAGAAUGGAACCAAGUGACGAGAUUGAUCGCCUCAUUGAGCUCGAGAGGCAGGAGCUAAAGAAGCACAGGCCUCAAGCGAAGCUUCUCUUGCUGGGACAAUCCGAGGCCGGCAAGUCGACGCUCCUGAAGAACUUCCAGCUUCACUUUGCACCCAAGGCCUUCCACGCGGAAGCGGAGGCCUGGCGCGCCGUUAUUCACCUAAACCUCGUCCGCGCGGUGAAUUACAUCCUCGAGAGCCUGAACACCUCGACGCAGACCUCGGGCCAGAGCUCCGGCUCCGGCACUGGCGGCGCCUCGAGCAUGUCGACCGUCAGCAGCGGCGGCCGGCAUGGCAGCACUGACACUCUGCGACACCUGCGCAUGCGACUCUCCCCUCUGCGCCAAGUCGAGCUGAUCCUGCACCGGCGACUGUGUGUGGAUGGUCCGUCAGGAUCCUCGUCGAGAGGCACCCGGGCUCAAAGGAGCUCUUCGUCAGCGUCCUCGUCUCGCCAACCCGACCUUACAGUGAGGGUUCGCUCGGGCUGGAAGGCUCUCGCGCGGAUAGGCCGGCAGACGUCGUUAACCGGCCAGGACGAGCUCCAAGACAUGAGACAGAUUAUAGAUGCCUGCCGCGACGACAUCAUCGCGCUGUGGGCCGACGACGCCGUGCAAGCUGGCUUGCGCAAGCACAACAUUGACCUGGAAGAUCAUUAUAUUUAUUUUUUGAACAAUGCCUCCCGCGUCACCUCGAUGCGUUACGUCCCGCCGACUGAAGAUAUCCUUCGUGCGCGACUGCAGACUAUUGGGGUGGAAGAGCAUCGCCUGGCUUUAGAAACAGGAGAUUCAGGAAGCGAAUGGGUAUUUUACGACGUCGAAGGUUGCCGCGGUCAACGGACCGCUUGGGCUCCCUUCUUUGACGAUGUAAAUGCGAUGAUAUUUCUCUGCCCGGUAUCAAACUUCGACGUACCACUCAAGGAGGAUCCUAGUAUCAAUAGUUUGUUGGAUUCUGUUAGCCUCUGGAACACCUUGUGCGAGAACAAGCUUCUUGCUGACGCCACAUUCAUUCUAUUUCUCAACAAGAUGGACCUUCUACACCGGAAGCUCAAGUCUGGAAUUAAAUUCUCGGAUCAUGUCAGUUUGUACAAAGAUGAGCCCAACGAUGCUGAGAGCAUUGCCCUGUACUUCAAGCGGAAGCUUUCCGCCGUACACAAGCACUACUCUCCAAAACCUCGGGCUCUGCACAUACAUAAGACUUGCGCCAUCGUAUGUCAUUGUCCUGAAUGA